AUGUGGGAUUUGCAGGAACGCAUCCGCAACCACAAGUAUCGGAGCCUGGGAGACCUGGAGAAAGAUGUCAAUCUGCUGUGUCAUAAUGCUCAGACAUUCAACUUGGAAGGAUCACAGAUUUAUGAAGAUUCCAUUGUUCUUCAGUCAGUGUUCAAAAGUGCCAGACAGAAGAUCGCUAAAGAAGAGGAAAGUGAGGAGGAAAGCAAUGAUGAUGACGAUGAUGAUGAAGAUGAGGAGUCAGGGUCUGAAACGAAGUCCGUCAGAGUUAAAAUAAAGCUUGGUCGAAAGGACAGUGACAGAAGUCGUGAGAAAGGGAAAAGCAAGAAGCGUCUAAGUCGUGCUAAAAUUAAGCCAGUCGUGAGCGAUGAUGAUAGCGAUGACGACCAAGAAGAUAAUGACCAGUCAGACGGCAGUGGCAGUGACGAUGAGUGAUUUUAUAUAUUUAAAAAAAAUGAAUUGCUUCAUGGACAAAUCUUACUUUCAGCAACUUUCAAAUGUUUUGUUGCACAGCCAUCCAUAAAUUCCUUCCUCUUCUAUCCCGCCUCCACCUCCCAAUUUGCCCUUUUUCUGAAAAGUAAAUCUGUUAGUAAAACAGUAUAAUCUUUAGUUUAGUUUUAUGUAGGCAUGAUUGCAGUUAAACAAAAUAAUAAUUUUGUAAGUAUACAUAUGUUUGCAUCAUAUAUUUGCUUUAUGCUUGUUGAAUAGAAUAAAAAGGCUUUUUGAAUUGUUAUCAGUUUAUAUAUACAUCAAACAUGCCAUAGCUUUUUCUUUUCGCUUUCCUAAAGAUUAAUAUCCUGACAGCUUUAAACUUGACCGUUACGAUUCAAGUGAAAAUAUGUCAUUAUGCACAUCCCCUUUUUAGUUCAUUUUAUUUGAAAACAUUGUUUUGCAACCAGUGCUGGUAAUGAGCUUUUCCUUAAGUGUACUUAAUUCUUGCUUUCUUUGCACAAUGUCUUUGGUGUAACUGAUUGCCCAAGGCAAAUAAAAUCCAAUUCAGUUGUAAA